AUGCUACCAAUGAUCGACUUCAACACCAUCACCCGAGAGGAGUACACCAACGCGCUCGUCAACGAACCGACUCCCGGCAAUGCGAGCGACGAGUGGAGGAAGUACGGUAGAGACCUGAAAGACUUGACCGGCCGCCUUGGUUUCCAUCCUGCCAUGGCUCUCAACCUCGAGCAAACAUACUCGACCCCAGCGAACUCCAAGAACAAGGUGUACUUCAUGGGGGACUUCGUGACGAGAAUCUACGCCUACCUCGAGAACAUCCCGCCGUCGUCACCGUUCGACGGAAGGAACGAGAUGUGGGUGGAUGUGGUGUCUCGGUCGGUCAUGACAAAAGAACUCCUCGUGGAUUCGAAACCCGGCAUGCUUGACAUGCUGGUCGAGUCCACGUAUCCGUCAAGCAGCAGUGACAGACCGGAGAUUGGCGACGAUAUCAAAGCUUCAGCGAGGACUCUGAGCUCUUGA